AUGGUUAAUAUAAGUAGCAAAAAAGCAUACAGGACUAAGAGGAAGGCCAGGGAGGCAAUCAAAGGUUGUGAUAUGGAGCAAUAUGAACGGCUGUGGGAUUAUGUUGCCAUGAUUAGACAGUCAAAUCCACACAGUCAUAUAGCUAUACAAAUAAACAGGAGGUCUAUUAAGGAAAGGGCAACAUUUCAAAGGUUGUUCUAUGGCUUGGGUGCUCUUAAAAGGGGCUUUCUUGCAGGUUGUAGACCAAUCAUUGGCCUAAAUGAUUGCUUUUUGAAGGAGCCCUUUGGAGGUCAGCUGUUAGCAGCACUUGGAAGGGAUGGGAAUGACAAUAUGUUUCCCAUAGCCAUUGCCAUUGCAAAAGGACUGGUACAUGCUAUAGAUGAGCGAUUUCCUGGUGCAGAACAGAGAUUUUGCCUUAAGCAUCUGUUUGAGAAUUUUAAGGCAAAGUUCAAAGACAGUGAACUGAGCGAAUUGUUUUGGGCUACUGCAUCAGCAACUAAUGUUGAUGAUUUCAAGAGAGCAUUGAAUGCUUUGGAGAUAGCUCAGCCACAAAAUGAAGAGAACCUUACUGUUGCUGGUUGGUUGCCAUAUCACUUGUGGUCUAGAGCACAUUAUGGAAUGGCUGCUAAGAUUGAUAUUUCAGUCAACAACCUGAAUGAGAGUUUCAACAACUACAUUUUAAAAGCAAGAGAUGAGCCAAUUGUGACUCUUCUUGAAUUUUUCAGAAGAAAGUUAAUGCAACGAUUGAUAUUGAAGAGGCAAGGCAUAGAGAAAUAUGGAGGCAAAUUGUGUCCAAACAUUGUUGAGAGGCUAGCCAAAAGUGUAGAGAAGAGCAGACAUUGUAUUGCUGUAUUUGAUGGUAUUGAAUCAUUUGAGGUUGAUGGUUUCAACAGAACCUCUGUUGUGAACUUGCAUCGUAGAAGCUGUUUAUGUGGUGCAUUCCAGUUGACUGGAAUUCCAUGUGUGCAUGCUAUUUCUGCCAUUCAAAGCAUGCGGAUGAAGGUUAAAAACUAUGUCGAUGAGUGCUAUAGUAAAGAGGCAUAUUUGAGGGCAUAUGCUUAUAGCAUUAGAAUUGUUCCAUCCAAAGAACACUGGAUUGAUAGUGGAAUGCAGCUAUUAAAUCCACCAUUUGCUCCAGCAAGCAAUACCCAGGGAGGGGCAACAACAGCUUCCACUUCAGCCCCAACCAGAGAAGCACCAGUGCAUCAAGCAUCUCAGCAAAGUAGCACUGCUGCAAUUACUGAUAACAACCCCAGUUCUCGAUCCAAAAGAUUUAAGAAAAAUUAG